CCACAAAGAACAAAAAUAGAAGUCAAGAGCCUCAACAGCAACUCGGUAUGGGAUAUGAACAGCAGAAUGGCUCGCAAAAACCUGAAACUCGAGCGAAGAAUGUUGAAAAGCUGCGUCAUCAUGUGCGGCGUUUACUGGAUCGUGUGGACGCCUUACGCAGUCGUCUCUUUCAUCCAAGCGUUUGGCGACCCGGACAGCGUGCCGCUAUGGAUGGCGGAGCUUCCGGCGGCGGCGGCUAAGUCCCAGGGGAUCUGGAACCCUAUCAUCUACGUCGGCACCAAUAAGAAAUUCAGGAUGGCAUUUUAUCAGAGCCUGCCAUGUACCAGGUUGAGAGACUGGUUUGGGGUUCGGGAAGAGGAGUUGAUGUCUGAAGAUACGAAACCGGACGACAUGCCCGGUCAGUCCGCACCCGGGGCAAGCCAGCAAUCGAUAUCCAGUAUUAUUCCACGAGCCACUAACAAGGUCGUCCCUACCAUAGUAUGUACCACCGACGUGUAGCCGCACAAACUUCACAGUGGUAGUCUCCCAUGGAACCUCGCAGGAACUCUAUUGAUCUUUUACCACGAACAUCUAGUAUGCAUACAAACUCGCAGUGGCUUUCAUUCAGAUUCAUUUUGGCCGUUGUGUUAUGACGAUCCGAAAGCUCAUCAUCACGACAUCACUUAUGGUGUCCAAAUGCAAGAUAAUAUUUAAAAGUAAACGGUAACCCAUUUAUAAUCAAUUCAUAGAUGACUAUUGAAAAAUACUUAAUUUGAUCGAGUUUUUUUAUUAUUCGAGCCUAAAAAAGGAACGUUCUUCUUUAAGAUUGCUUUGAAUUUAGAUAGAAAGAGAUUGCAUGGAUUAUAGCUGAUUAUAGAUUUAAUUACAUGUAGCUAGGCACAUCGAUAAAUACGAGUCUGCAUAAUCGGUUUCAUUCUUACUUUGGACGCAUGCCUCAUCUCUUAAGUUUAUGUGUUAUAUUGCUGUAUUUCUGUUUUUCCCCGCUGUUAUUUAGUUUUCCAUGACAUGCGGUCAAAUAUAUUUUAUGCAUACGGUA